AUGAGUGCAAGCAGACUCUCUUGGGACCAGGCUGUUCUUCAGCCUCCGGUGUGUGAUGCCUGGAAGGAGAUCAUGGAGGGAGCAGCCUAUCAGCUGGCCAGCUGCAUUGUCCUCCUGGGUUACAUGGGGGGAAGUGGCAUCUUUGGGUCCCUCUAUAUCUUUGGUCUCCUGGCCCCAGGCUACUUCUGUUAUGCUCUGUGGGGCUGGCUGAGCGCCUGUGGGCUGGAUGUCUUCAUCUGGAACAUGCUGCUUGUCCUCAUCUGCUUGCUUCAGCUGGCUCACCUUGCUUACCGGCUCCGCAGAGACACCAUCCCAGAAGAAUUUGUCCUCCUCUACAAGACCAUGUACCUGCCCUUGCAGGUACCCCUGGACAUCUACAAAGAAAUCAUGAAUUGCUGUGAAGAGCAAGUCCAGUCACUAGCCAGAGACCAGAAUUAUGCGGUGGAGGGCAAGACGCCCAUUGACCGCCUCUCCUUGCUGCUGUCUGGAAGGAUCCGAGUGAGCCAGGAUGGACAAUUCCUUCACUAUGUCUUUCCCUACCAGUUCCUGGACUCUCCAGAAUGGGAGUCACUGCGACCCUCUGAGGAAGGAACUUUCCAGGUCACACUGACAGCUGAGACUGACUGCAGCUUCAUUACCUGGCCAAGGAAGAAGCUGUAUCUCCUCCUGAGGAAGGACCGCUACAUCGCUCGGCUCUUCUCCUCCCACCUGGGCUAUGACAUCUCGGAGAAGCUUUACUCCCUCAAUGAGAAGCUGUUUGCCAAGUUUGGCCUUCGCUUCGACAUCCGCUUGCCCAGCCUUUACCAUGUCCUUGGGCCAGCCUCCUCUGAGGGGGAGUCAGAGGACUGCGAGGAGCUGCCACCUGUCUCUGGCCCGGCUGGUGCCUCUGAGCCCCCUCUGCAGCCGCCGCCACCACCACCGAUGCCAGCUCCACGGCCCCGGGCGUGCCGGCCUGACAGUGAACUGCUGGCCUCUGGAAACCUUCUCUGGAGUUCUCCCCACCCUCUCUGCAGAGGACGAGCCCCUCUGGCUCCCACCCAGACCCCUGAACUCUAGGGAACAACAGGCUGUUUGGAUCCUGAAGCCCUCCAAGGGAGCAUAUGCUCACAGCGGUUUCUGACCAGAGACACUCUUUAGCACACACUGAAAGGUCUGCCUGCAGACAUGUACACUCAGGAGCACGUGAAGCACAUGCGUGAGACUGUGGUGUCACACUCCAGCACUUCCCACCCUAUAGUUGUUCACCAGAGCUGCCUACCCCGGUGAGCUUCCACAGUUUGUUUUCUAGUCCUGCCUCUCUCUGAGGUGUGUCAGCAGCUCUGAUAUCAAGAUACAUCCAUACUGCUGCAAGUGAUACUAGCCUGCUCACAGGAUCUGUGUUCCCCUUGGUUUAAUAUUUCUCAUUAAAUCAGAGAUAAAACUA